GGAGAUUUCGAAAUUUUUGGAUUUGAAGCAGAAAUGAGACAGUACACUGAGAAGCGUGGGGGUUGGUGUGUGGUGGGGAGGCGCUUCGGCUCUGUGGGCCGAAAGCCCAAUCUUCUGAAGCCCAUUAAAGGCCCGCAUCGUCCCAUGAAUAUAAGCCCACGGCUUCUCCUCCUCGUUUUCCUCCGCGCGAAAAUGUUCACUUCGAGACAGCGCUUCUCUCAGUUCACGACGCUCCCACUUUGCUCUCCGAAGCCUUUCCUCUCUCCUCUCCGAACCACCACCGCCCUCUCCGGUGGUUCCCCGCCCUCACCGCCACCGGAAGACGCCGUACUAGCGGAGCUGAUCCUCAAUUCCACCGCACAGUCCCUCCCCCAAGUUAUCCGAGAGUCCGACCUGAAAUGGACCCAAUCGCUCGUCGACAAGACCAUCAAACGCCUCUGGAAUCACGCCCCAAAGGCGAUCCAGUUCUUCCAAACCCUGAUCCGCCUCCCGAACUAUUCGCCCUACGCUUCGUCCUUCGACCACGCGAUCGACCUAGCCGCCCGCCUCCGAGACUACCGGACCGCUUGGGCGUUCGUGGCCCAAAUGAGGGCCCUCCGCCUUGGCCCCUCCCCAAAGACCUUGGCGAUUAUCGCCGAGAGGUAUGUCUCUGCCGGAAAGCCUGAUAGAGCAAUUAAAGUGUUCCUUUCUAUGCACGAGCAUGGUUGUAGGCAGGACUUGAAUUCUUUCAAUACGAUACUUGACAUACUCUGCAAAUCGGGCCGUGUAGAGAUGGCCUAUAACAAGCUGUUUAGAGUUUUCAAGGGCAGGUUUAAAGCUGAUUCGGUUAGUUAUAAUAUUAUUGCCAAUGGCUGGUGCUUGAAGAAGUGUACCCCGAAGGCAUUGGAGGUGUUGAAGGAGAUGGUGGAGAGUGGAUUGACUCCCGUCUCAAACACGUACAAUAUAAUGCUCAAUGGUUUCUUUAAGGCCGGACAGAUCGAUGAAGCUUGGAAGUUCUUCUUGCAGAUGAAGAAGAGGAAGUGUGAGAUCGAUGUAGUAACUUACACCACUGUGGUUCAUGGUCUCGGGGUUGCGGGUGAGAUUAGUAGGGCUAGAAAGGUGUUCGAUGAGAUGGUGAAAGAAGGUAUACUUCCUUCAGUAGCUACUUAUAAUGCAAUGAUUCAGGUCUUCUGUAAGAAAGAUAAUGUGGAGAAUGCCCUUUUGGUUUUCGAUGAGAUGUUGAGAAAGGGUUACGCACCCAACACGACAACGUACAAUGUGGUGAUUCGGGGUUUAUGCCACGCAGGGCACAUGGACAGAGCUGUGGAUUUUAUGAUGAGGAUGCAUGGUGAUGGGUGUAAACCAAAUGUUCAGACAUACAAUGUUGUGAUUCGGUACUUCUGUGACGCUGGAGAAAUCGAGAGAGGGCUGGAUUUGUUUGGAAAAAUGCGCGGUGAAGGGGAUUACUUACCGAACUUGGAUACUUACCAUAUCUUGAUCAGCUCGAUGUUCGUUCGGAAGAAAUCAGAUGACUUGGUGGUGGCAGGAAAGUUGUUGAUUGAGAUGGUUGAUAGAGGAUUUAUGCCUAGAAAAUUUACAUUCAAUAGGGUCUUGAAUGGGCUUUUGCUGACUGGAAAUCAAGACUUUGCAAAGGAGAUUUUGAGGAUGCAAAGCAAGUUCCAGCGUAUUGCUCGUCAUUUCAAAUUGUAGCUGGAAGACAGUCCCAAUUUUGUCAAAACUAUUAUUCCUGUACUUUUGCCUUUUCUCAUCCUGGAUUGGAUGCCUCGGCUUCAAAUCUGAAGUUGGAACACGAAUAUCCAGUGGCAUUACAAGUUCAGCCUUCGCCUCUUGUAGGUUGAGUUUAUGAUGAUUGAAGUGGAGAAAGACAGCACGUGUUUGAUAGUAUGGGAUUCUGGUUUUAGAAAUCUGAAAACCCCUUCUAUCCCCGGUAAAGUACAGCCUUUAUGACCUCUGUUCAACCCCUCCCCUCCAAAACACAAAAACAAGCUAACGUAACGCCACUGUAGAUGAGGAAAGCUCUGCUUCUUCUUCUUCUUGCUGCCAGUGCUUUUCUCCAACUCCAUGCUACUGCUUCCUUUAUGCUCUGGCGUUCUAAGAUGGAGUUCGGGCCUCAGUGGCAUAGAACCUGACUGAAGAAAAAACAUGGGAUGGUGGCCUCCUCCUCCUCCUCAAGACUCAAGAGGGGGGAGAAGAAGAGGAAAGGAAAGGAAGCUUCUUUCUCUAAGGAAAAGGAAGCAAGAAACCAGAAGGAAAUUUACGAGUUCAUUGAAUUGGAAGAUAGCAGCGUUAGUGACGGGAGUGAGUUCGACAGCAAGGAGGAAGAGCGGCGGCAGCAGCAGCAGCAAACCCUUUUGGCACUGCUGCUGCUUCAGGCGAAAUCUUCUGCCGCUCUUCCUCCUUGCCGUCACACUCACUCCCGUCACUAACGAUGCUAUCUCCUAAGUCAAUGAUCUUGUAAAACUCUCUCUGGUUUCUUGCUUUCUUUUCCGUAGGGAAAGAAGCUUCACUUCCUUUCCUCUUCUUCUCCCCGCCUCUUGAUUGGGACAAUGAUGCUGAUAGGAGAGUUCUCUUGGCCUUCUUUGCUUCAGGUCUUUCCGGAUAUUUCAAGGCUUUUGAACAGCUAAGGAUGACUAUCUUCCUCGAGAUUUCAGAUAUUAGUGAAGCUCAAUGGAUGAAAAGAGAGUCCUGCUUUUGAACUCAACGUUUGUUGUAUUUUUCAUCUGCAAGAGGUUUUGAAAUGCCAGAUGAGGGUGAAGAUGAUGGAGUUAUCCUCCUCGGAAAUUCUGGGGACCUGCUGCUGAAGUUUCAGCUGGGCACGAAAACUUCUCUCUCGAAGAACAAUUACAUGUGCGAAAAGCUUUGUACGAAAUGAUGUUCUUCUUUUAUAGGUGCAUGAAUGGGCUACGGUACGCAGUACAACUUGGAAGAUUAAGGAUUUUUUUCGUUUUGUGUUGCUUUCAUUUAUUUAUUAUGGAUUAAAUUAUUUGAUC